CAUUGGAUUCGCAGAAAAGAAGAAAACUAUGACAAAAACAUUUUACUUUGGCGCGUCAGAAAAAAAAAUAAAAUUGUGUUACAUUAAAAGUCACAACAACAACCUUAAUUUUUCAAAAUAACACCCACACCAUACAAGAUCAUCGUGCAAAGCAAACCCAUUUCGUGUUUCUUAUCUUUCUUUAUCUCUUUCUUAUCAACUAACUAUAUCAUUAUCCACUAAACAAAAGAUUAUACACAAAACAAAACUGAAGGCUGUGCUUUGCUCUGCUUCUGAAUGAAGAAAAUGAAGACACAUAGUCGUUACCAGGACAAUUUGGAUUCUGAUUCAAAGAGUAAGAGAUCAUGCUUCUGUGGAAUCGUUCCAGCGGUUUCUUUACUUUGUGUUGUCUUGCUUUUCUCGACUUUAUUCUUUGCACAACGCUACAACGAGAAACUAUUAAGGUGGAAAAUGAACAUCAAGAAAUUGAAAAAUGACAAUUGCAAGAACCAGUGCAGGACUGGUGGAAGUCAUGCAUUACCUGAAGGCAUAAUCUCCAACACUUCUGAUUUGGAAAUGCGGCAUUUGUGGGAUCUUCCUAUGACUAAGACAAUAGAGAAUAAGGAAAAUGCAUCAACCAAUUUGUUUGCAAUGGCAGUUGGGAUAAAGCAGAAAGAUCUUGUGAACAAAUUGGUCAAAAAGUUUCUAUCAAGCAAUUUCGUUGUAAUGCUCUUCCACUACGAUGGUAUUGUUGACGAAUGGAAUGACUUUGAAUGGAAUAAUCAUGUCAUUCAUGUGGCUGUAGCCAAUCAAAGUAAAUGGUGGUUUGCAAAGCGUUUCUUACACCCUGACAUAGUUGCAGAAUAUGGUUAUAUUUUCCUAUGGGAUGAGGAUCUUGGAGUUGAACACUUCCACCCGGAUAGGUAUGUUUCUAUUAUAAAAAGUGAAGGACUGGAAAUAUCACAACCAGCACUUGAUAGUAACAAAUCAGAGGUACAUCAUCAGAUUACUGCACGUGGGAGGAGGUCGAAUGUGCACAGAAGGAUUUACAAAACUGGUGGUAGUGGCAAACGUUGUGAUGAAAGUAGCACUGCUCCUCCUUGCACAGGGUGGGUUGAAAUGAUGGCUCCUGUUUUCUCAAGAGCUGCUUGGCGUUGCGUUUGGUAUAUGAUCCAGAAUGACUUGAUCCAUGCAUGGGGUCUAGAUAUGCAGCUAGGCUACUGUGCUCAGGGUGAUCGAACAAAAAAUGUUGGUGUUGUGGAUGCUGAAUACAUAGUCCACUACGGUCAUCCUACUCUUGGAGGCUUAGAUGUGAAUGAGGUUACAUCUCGGACAAAGGAUCAUAGAGUUGAUGUGAGGAGACUGUCUUACCGUGAAUUACAAGUUUUUAGAAAACGAUGGCAGAAGGCAGUUGAGGAGGAUGAUUGUUGGGUCGAUCCAUUUCAAUAACAAAUACUGAUAGUCAAAAUUAUGUAUAGAUUUUAUGAAAAUACACAAAUAUGUAAGGAGAAGCAAAUUCAAUUGGCAGAUAAAACAAAUGUUGAUCAUGGAGGGAGUAGUUAAAAAAGCCUAGAGGAGUUUUUUUAGCAUCUCAAGGGCAAGCAUGACUUCAUGGGGAAAAAAUUCUUCUCAAUUGAGUUUGGUGCAUUUUUGUUUAACCUUUCAUUUUUUAAUAGUUUCCAAAUGGAAUUGUUUAUUCUGUCCUUUGCUAAAAAUACGAAAUUUUCUCCACCUUAUGCAAAUUUCUAUUACCCUUA